UUGGAGCAGGACAGGAAAAAGUCGGUGACAGUCUCCUUGCAUGGACAGAGGACGAGGUUUUUGAGAUAGUAAUAGAUAUCAUAUAGUAACUAAUAAAAAUAAUAAACAAAAAUAUAGGUAAAGUCCGCUUGGGCAUCAUGGCCGGUGGCUGGAGCUGGAAGCUGCUGUCCACUGCUCGGUCACAUUUGCUUAGUAGAGGCAAUGCUGUUACUGACAGCCCCAGCCGUGUUUCAGUUGUGAUCUUAGUACGAGGCCUCCAAAGCGACACCUGGUGGGAUGAACAUCUUUCUGAAGAAAACAAAAAGUUUCUAAAGCGUCUAACUGCAGAGGAAUACAGAGAACAAACUGCAAGCAAGCUUUGCCCUCUGAAAGAUGAACCCUGGCCUAUAAAGCAAUGGGAACCAGGUUCAAAGAGGGUUGGCUUAAUAGCAGUGAAGCUGGGCAUGAUGCCGAUAUGGACCAAAUCUGGAAACAAACAUGCUGUCACUAUGCUGCAAGUGCAGGAUUGCCAUGUAAUUAAGUACACUCCAAAAGAGGAAUAUAAUGGAAGAACUGCAACACUCACUGUAGGAGGAAAAAAUGUUUCUCCUUUCUAUAGAUCAGAAUCUGUGAUGGCGUUUUACAGUGAAGCUGCAGUACCUCCUAAACAGAAAAUUAGUAUUUUCAAGGUGUCUGAUGAUGCAAUCAUCAAGCCAGGUACCCCUCUUUAUGCAGCACAUUUCCGCCCAGGACAGUAUGUGGAUGUCACUGCAAAAUCCAUUGGCAAAGGGUUCCAGGGUGUGAUGAAACGAUGGGGAUAUAAAGGACAACCUGCCACUCACGGACAAACUAAGACACACAGAAGGCCUGGAGCCAUAGCUGGUGGGGAUCCUGCCCGUGUGUUUCCUGGAACAAAAAUGCCUGGAAGAAUGGGGAACUUCUAUAGAACAUCGUAUGCACUCAAGGUAUGGAGAGUGAACACUAAACACAACAUCAUCUACGUACAUGGUUCAGUUCCUGGCCAUACUAAUUGUUUAGUGAAGGUCACUGAUACAACAGUGCCAGUUAAACAAGGCAGCGAAAAACCUCCAUUCCCUACAUAUUUUGCUGAUGGAGAUGAAGAUUUGCCAGAAGAUCUGUGCGAUGAGGAAAUGUUCCAGUUCAGUGAACCUUCUGUCAAAUACUCUUAAUGUUACUGAAAUGUUCAACCUAAAGGUUGUGUCACCACCAGGCUACCCCAUAUAUUAUUUUGUAGGGGCCUAGGUUAAAGACAUGUCCUGCUUCCAUAUCUGCUUCUUUUUUUUUUUCUUUUGAAGUACAUUGUCAAUAUUGUCUUAAAACAGUGAUCAGGCAAUAGUUUUCAAUAAGGAAUAGAAACUGAGGGAGGCCCAUCUUCAUAUCAUUUACAGCUUAUAUAUUUUCUACUGGAUCUUGUAGAUCCCCAAACAUUUACCGAAAUGUCAGUGAAAUCUAACUUGCCUAAUAAAUUUAACGUUUGAUAA